UUAUCAACAACUUCCUUCCCUUCCAUUCCCUUUCAGCUCUCUCACUCUCUCUGUCAUCUUGCAUUUUCAUGGUGUUGCUGCCAUGGCCGUGGAGCUCAUGCUGGGUUACCGGAACGACUCGACCUUCUCGGCCAAGAUGGAGGAGACCGCAGUGAAAGAGGCCGCCUCGGGCCUCGAGAGCGUAGAGAAGCUCAUCAAGCUCCUCUCCCACUCUCAGAAACGACACACGCAGGCCCCAGAAGCCCUCGACAAGCCCUUGGACCUGGACCGCCACUGCCGGGCCGUCGCCGAUGACGCCGUCUCCAAGUUCAAGAAGGUCAUCUCCCUCCUCGGCCACACCCGCACCGGCCACGCCCGGUUCCGGAGGGCCCCGGUCCUACGGGCCCCGGAGAAAUCGCCGAACCAGCACCCCCACCACCAGCACAAGAUUUACUACGCCACCCCGAUCCAGCAGAUCCCGCCGGCCCCGGCGCCGGCGCCGGCGCUCCCUCACGGCCACUACGGCGGCUCGGCCGUGAUCUCGAAGGGUAACGGGGUGAUCGGCGAGAGAAGGGACUCGUCGACGACGAUAAGCUUCUCGUACGCCCCCUCGGACGCUAGCAACCCGUUCGGGUCGUCGUUGACCGCCGACAAUAUCAACGGUAACGUUAACUAUAACAAUGUGAGCGAGCGUCAUGUUAUGAUGAAGCAGCAACAGUGCUCCUCCUCGUCGACUUUCCAGAUCACGAGCUCCUCCGUGAGCGGGAAGCCGCCGCUCUCGUCGUCGUCCUCUCUGAAGAGGAAGUGCAGCUCCGAGACCUUGGCCUCCGGCAAGUGCGCGUCCUCCUCCGGCCGGUGUCACUGCUCCAAGAAGAGGAAAUUGAGAUUGAAGAGGGUGGUGAGAGUCCCGGCGAUUAGCCUGAAGAUGGCGGAUAUUCCGCCGGAUGAGUACUCUUGGAGGAAGUACGGUCAGAAACCCAUCAAAGGCUCCCCUCAUCCUAGGGGAUACUACAAGUGCAGUAGCGUCAGAGGAUGCCCAGCGAGGAAGCACGUCGAGAGAGCGCUGGACGACCCGGCGAUGCUCGUCGUCACCUACGAGGGAGAGCACAACCACGCUCUCUCCGUGGCCGAUUCGACCAGCCACAUCCUCGAGUCCUCCUAGAGGCCUCAUUCCUCAAAGGGAAAAAAGGUACAAUGCUGCCCAAUACAAGAAGCAAUCUAAACGACGAGGCCUAAUCAAGUCGAUCUGGAAUCCGUGCUAAUUUAUAUGGUACAGCUGAUGUGCACCGUCUUUCUUUCCCGCUGCCCCGCUUGCAAGAUGGACGUGGCCCCCUGAUGUUAGAUGCGGUUAUUCGAAGAUGAAAUUAUCGCAUCGGAAUAUCGACGCUUCGAGGGGUCUACUUUAGCGGAUCUUUUAAUCCGUCGAAAAAAUCGAGUGGAAAAGAAAAAAAAAAAUGAAACCCAUGAAAAAGGAAAAGGUCAUAAAAAUCUCGAAGGAGAGGGACUGGUGGGUUUAAUUAGAUUAGUUGAAUCAGUGCAGAUUUUUCCAAUUUCAUUGUACAAUGUCUGAGCUAAAGUCAAAUUUCUCUUGAGCAAUGUGUAACGACCGAUGAGGAUGAUGAUGAUGAUGAUGAUAAGCAUUUGAAAAAGAAGAUGGUGGGUCUGGUCAAACGUUUCCCAAAAUUUGCAAAUUAAAGAAAAAGAAAGUGGGGGGUGCGUUCUUU